ACCCGUGUGCUUUCCCGACACAAUCGUUCGUAAUCAGUCUUAUCACUCCAACUACGGCACGUUACAAUGGCGACGAGGAUGCGUCUGAACUACGUGAAGGCUGCCAAGCAACUAUUUUAAACGGAACGAAGAUAUCAGCACACAUCGACCGAACUUCUACUUUGCGGUAUGGCGCACAGCAUGCUUCCCUCGUUUCCUUUCUUCGACGCGCGUGCCACUGACGCCAACAACGUCGGCACCGAAUGGUUGAAGUGGGUGAAACGCUUCGAAAACUUCAUCGUAGCCUGCGGCAUCACAGCCGACGCCCGGAAGACGGCCCUACUACUACACUAUGUGGGUGAAGAAGUUUAUGACAUUUACUGUUCGCUACCUGAUUCUCCUGCAGCCGCAACUGCGUCUACCGUUUCAAGCACCGAUGGCUCCAGCAACGCAACGCCUCUCUACACCGCAGCACGCAAGAAGCUUGAUGGCUAUUUCGCACCCCGAGUGAACACUACCUUCGAGAUUUACCGCUUCCGUCAAGCCAAGCAAAUGGAAAACGAAUCACUCGACGCGUUCUACGCCAGACUACGACAGCUAGUUAAGCACUGUGCUUUCGCCGAUGCCGAAACCGAAAUCAAGAAUCAAAUCCUCCUGUCUACAGUGUCAACACGUCUACGCCGGUAUGCCAUGCAGCAUGACCUCGACUUGCAAGGAAUUCUCAAACAAGGCAGGUUGUUUGAAGAGGCCGAGCACAACAUCUCUGUGAUCGAUCGAGCAAGAACGUCAGCAGUACAAAGAAAACUCAGCGUCAGCGUCUACACUUACAGUGAACUCCAAGCGCACCUCGCGACCUCAUCAACCGAAGUACCACGGGAAAGCGCCAUCACGGCCUCGUGA